GUGCUGUGUGUAAACACUGCAAACCACAGGAAUCUCUGUUUUAUCAAAAAGAAAUUGCUAGUUUAAACUAUUUGGAAGAGAAAUUCUCCCGUCUUUGGACCCAAUGUCAGGAAUGUCAAGGUAGCUUACAUCAUGACGUGUUGUGCACCAGGUAAGAACUGUCUCUGGGAACUUUACGAUUUUUCAGUAAAUUGCAGCAGGCACAUUGCAUGGGCUAGUACCGGUCUUGACAAAAAGUACACACGGGUGACCGCCGAUGGUCCACGAGUGAUAAAAGGCCGUUUUGGAACAGAUUGUUAUAAAAGGCGAAAAAUGUUUUGUUUUCGUAGUUUUCACUAGCGGGAAUAACACUCGGCUUGAAAUAUAAACCCAUUACGGAAUUACUAACUACGAAAAAAUAAUAUCACAUAGAAUAUAAUAUAAGUUUGUAACUAUUUAUUAUUUCGCAACUCAAUUAUUUUUCUUACAUCACAAUAACAACUCAGUAUUCAAAUCUGUAUAUCACACCAGUUGUGUGAUUUUACAAUGUUAACAACAACAUUCUAUUGUGUCAUCAAACCUUUGCUGGCAUGAGUUUUUAUUGUGAUGCAAGAAAAAGAGUUGAGUUGCGAAAAUGUAAAUAUUUACAAAGUUACUGUGAUAUUAUUCUUGCGUAGUUAGUAUUAGUAAUUCCGUAAGAAUGAGUUUGUAUUUUAUGCCAAGUGUUAUUCCAGCUGGAAUAUUUCGCCUUUUAUAACAAUCUGUUUUUAUCACUCGUGGUCAUUCGUGAAUUCGUGGUCACUCGUAUGUACAUUUAGUCGAGAUCCCUGACUACGAAAGAAUAUUAUCACAUAGAAUAAUAAUAAUAAUAAUAAUAAUAAUAAUAAUAAUAAUAAUUAAAGUAACAUUCAGAAAGUAACUAAAUGAAUAAAACGACACUUGCACCCUGUGUUUGAACCUUUCAUUUUUGUGCGUAAGCCAUUUUUAAUGUACUGUUUAAUAAACGAGCAGGAGUGUUUUAUUAGGUUUAAAGCGCGCAGCGCGAGUGGCUUUAGACCUAAUAAAACACGACCUGCGAGUUUAUUAACCGGCUUCAAACACGACUACAAAUUCAAUAGAUAUAUUGCCUUAUUAGUAUUCUUUAUAUAAAGAAUACUAAUGAAGACACGACUACAAUAGACACUGCCUUAUUAGUAUUCUUUAUAUAAAGAAUACUAAUUAGGAGUGUUUUAUCAGGUUUAAAGCCACUCCACGUGACAUAUUAUGGUUGACAUGAUUUGCCAAUAAGCUUAUGAAUUAUUAAUGAGUGUUUGAAAUUUAUUUUAUUAUUUUUUAAAACAGCAUAAUUCCUGAACUCAAAAAUUACAUUUUCUGAUUAAUUUCAGUGUUGUAGCGAAAUCAGAAGACCAUGUUUAUUUUGCGGAUUUUUUAAUUUGGUGGUCAUUUACAAUUGUGUACUUUUUUAUACACCUUGUAUCUUUUAAUAAUUGUCUUUUUAAUCGAGAUUGUCCCAUUUGGGCAUGUGACUUGAUAUAACUAAUUGUUGAAGGGAUUUGUAGAUGGAAAUUUGCAGAUGGAAAUUUGCAGUGAAUCUCCCCUCUGACAGAAAUCAAACCUGCGGCCCUGCAAUUCGGGCGCAGCGCUCUAACCAGCUAGAUACAAAGAGAGAGAGAGUUACAAUUCCUCUGGCGGGUUCGAGGGCCGAUAGUCGAUUUUUCGCAACUGGUUAGGUCUAAUAAAUGUACAAAAGUUCCACUCGAAAUUAUUUAUGUAAUGUGAUUCUCAUUAUUGCAAACUACCUUACCGCUGAACAAUGCAGGCAUUCUUAUUCCGCGGCUUUGUUUUUAUGCACGUGUGAAAAACGCUUGUACUUGAAAAAUGUAUGUAAAUUUUGGAAUUUUAUGGUCUUCUGAUUUCCCUGAAACCAAAUAGUCUAGGACCUGUAUAUGGGUCUAUAAUAGUCUAGGACCUGUGUAUCUCAACUGUUUUAGGGUAAAAUGACCAUGGCGGUCAACAUGGCAUAUAUGUGCCAAAACCUGAAUCCGGGACGAAAGUCCUGAAAAUGACCCCGCCCUGAAACGGCAGUGUCGACAUAGCUCUAACUUCCGAAAAGGAAAAGCAAUAGCCUUUCUGAAGUGCUUAUAGUGUUUAGAAGGGUUGCUUUUAGGGGUGGUCAUUGGAAGGAAAAAUUUGUCUAAGUAUAAUAUUUUACAAGAAAAUGACCAUGCACCACCUCAGGUAAAUUGCUAAUUAUUAUUUUAUGAAUACUAAUAUGCCUCGCAGAAAUUAAAUUUUCUUAUUUCCUAAAAAUAAUUUUCAUGGGAUAAAAAACUAUGCUUAAUUUGACAUAAUUAUUGUGGAUUUCAUAAGGAUUGUCAUUUGUUUUCUUUAAAUACAGUACAUUUUAUUUCACCCCCCUCCUCCCCACGAAAACACGAUUUCAGCCAUAUUUGGCCGUCUUGUUUGCUUUUUAUCACCGAAUCUCGCAAAUAUCAUCCAGUUGUUGUACAUUUACGUAAUGAUAAAUGGCUAAAGAAGAUUUCAACCAAGUUUCAUCAAGUUUUGAAACAGUGCAGUGUACUUUAUCUUCCAUAUUGCGUCGUUCGAUAUUCCGUGAAAUAUGGCGCCAUUGCAAUGGCUCGCCGCUUCUUUGCCCGAUAAAUGCCACUUCUUCGUCUUCCUAUGUAUUUACAUUACAAGAGUAAGAGUACUUCAUUGUAGAAUAGUCCCAAUCGAAAAAUUGGAAACAUUAGUUGCAUUUGAAAGGAAAAAAAAACCCAUAACACUUGCUGUGUGGCACAAUGCAAAAUAAGUACUUUAAAAGUCACGCGCAAGUUCGCGAAAACUCCUCGUGGGCUACAUGGCAGGGCGGGGAUAUUUCCACGAAACGUUUGUUCGCCACCACAGCAACCUAACUAAAUAUAUUUUUUUUGUAUUUUUAUGAUUGAUGAUAAAAAUACGGAAAUAUUUAUUGUUUUUAUCAUAAAUCACAACAAUGCAAUAAAUAUAACGUAUUUAGUUAGGUUGCUGUGAUGGCGAACAAAUGUUUCGUGAAAAUAUUCACACACCCCCACCCCCGCCCCCCUCUGUCGUGUAGCCUACGAGGUAUUUUUGCUAACUUGCGCGUGACUUUUAAAUUACUUCUUCUGAGUUCUGACACGACAAGUGGUAUGGGAGGUUUUUCCUUUCAAAUGCAACUAAUGUUUUCAAUUUUCGAUUUUUAGAAAAUAUUUUAAUUUCUGCCAGGCAUAUUAGUUAUUUUAUGCAUAUAUAAUGAUCAAUUUACCUGAGGUGGUGCAUGGUCAUUUUCUUGUAAAAUAUUAUACUUAGACAAAUUUUUCCUUCCAAUGACCACAUCUAAAAGCAACCCUUCUAAACACUAUAAGCACUUCAGAAAGACUAUCGCUUUUCCUUUUCGGUAGUUACAGCUAUGUCGAUACUAUCUCAAGAACUAAGCAUGGGAACAAAAAUCUUCAAAACAAGUUACUAUACAGUUUUAAGAGCAUUUUCGUUUAAGAAAAUAAAAAUUUUGAUGCGAGUGCCACUUUAAUAUUUAUUUUAUUAUUUUACUUUACGUUUCAGGGCGGGGUCAUUUUCAGGACUUUUGUCCCGGAUUCAGGUUUUGGCACAUAUACCCAUGUUGACCGCCAUGGCCAUUUUACCCUAAAACAGUUGAGAUUACUUGUCCUAAAUGAAUCGCAUACAAACUCAUAUACAGGUCCUAGACUAAAACUUAACAUUCAAUUUCUGAUCUUUAAUUUUUUAACAACUGUCUUUUUAGUCGAGAUUGUCCCAUAUUUUACAUGAGAAAGAAAACCAAAAAAGAUUUGGUCGAUCAGCACAAAGUUGUGGCAAGAUUUGGUAAUUGCUCAUGGUGA